AUGUUUCAUUUGGCUUCAUCUUUAUAUACCCAAUAUACCAAACGAGAACAAUAUAAUAUACUUAUCUUAGGGCUUGAUAAUGCUGGUAAAACAACGUUUCUAGAACAUAUCAAAUUACUAUUCCCUUCACCAGUAGAGGCCACUACGAAACUGAAAUCUAAAUCAUCAGACAAUUCCAGUAAUGGCUCACGAUCAACUUCAGAUAUAUUAAAAGCAAGAAGGAUAUUACCUACUGUUGGUCAAAAUACAACCACAAUCAAAUUCCAAUCAAAUUCAGAUUCUGAAUUUUCAUCCCAAUUCAGAAAUAUAAAUUUGAAAUUUUGGGAUCUUGGGGGUCAAAGAUCAUUAAGAAAUAUGUGGUCACGAUAUUAUAAUUCAUGUCAUGGUAUUAUAUUCAUUAUAGAUUCGACUGAUACAGCUCGAUUUCAAGAAUGUUAUGAAACUUUAAUAGAGAUAGCUCAUGAUCAAACCUGGGCUAAUAUCAAUGGUGAUGCAGAGGCCAUAGUUAAUGUACCUAUUCUAAUGCUAGCAAAUAAGCAGGACUUACCUCAAGCGGUAGAUUUAGUAUCAUUAAAAACAGGUGUAUUUAUAAAAUUGGUUAGUGAAUUAGAAGCUACUGAUUCAAAAUUAUUACCAGUUUCUGUAUUAGAAAAUCAAGGUAUUCAAGAAAGUUUAGAAUGGUUGGUUACAAGAUUAAUAUAUAAUAAAAAUCAAAAGAAACCAGAAUACAAAUAA